GGGCAUCUGCUCUCAGAGCACAUCUGAGGAACGUGCAGGGGAGGCGCACCCCUACAUCCUCCUGUGUGACCGAGCCGUGGCCGCCAGCUGCGGGAGCUGCUCUGUGCCUCGUGGUGGGUGAAGGGCGCUGCAGGUCUGGAGCGGGGCUGCGAGGAGACCGUGUGUGUGGGGCGGCCCUGAGCCGGCGCUGGGCCCCCUGCCCAGGGGACGUGUGAGGACUUUUUAGGAAUCACGGUGACUGUGUGGGACAGAUCCGGAGCGGGGAGGUGAGCUCUGCCGUGUGCCUGGUGGGGCCUUAAAUAGGUGCGUGCGGACGAGACUUGCAGAGCUCGCUGCUCUGACCGGUGCCGUGAGCCGGGCUGCCGGAGCCAUGGGAAACAGUGCGGCAAUGAGCUGCUGCCGGCGUGUCACCGAGCUGCUCUUCCCAGCACGCGGCUGCAGCCUGCCCCAUGAGCGCUCGCCCCUCCUGCUGAAGGCCCCGCCGAGUGCAGCCGGCCCUGUGGACGCGCUGGGAGCUUCGUGGGGCUCUGUGCCGUUCCCCGAUGUCAUCCCCAGCGCAGCGGCGGGAGGAGGCCUGCAGGAACGCCUCGAAUGUGCCCAGGCCCUGCCCGAGGGCGAAGCCGCAGUGGCCGCAGCCUGUGGCGACAGCUGUUCUGGAGCUGGCGGUGCUGCCCCGCUCCCUGCCGCCGUCCUUCCCGCCGACCUUGAGGAAGGGCCGUUGGAGCCGCUGGGCUGUGCCGUGCUGCCUGCGGCCUGCCAGCGCCACGUGAAACAUGAGGACGGUGCUCUGGUGUGCGGUGUGGGGCCUGGGGCGGCCUGCGGGGUUCUGACCUGCAGCGUGCAGCCAGCGGGCCCCAGGCCGGGCGCAGCCUCACUGCUGGGCGAUGGGUCACAGCAUGCUGCCUCUUCGGAGAGCCCUGGCACAGCACAGUCAGUGAGGACCGGAGGGGCCCUGCGUGGCCACGGCGUGGCUGCACCGUCUGCGCUUGGCUGGGAGAAGGCCGCUGGGAGGGGGGCUGUGCGCUCCAGGAACCCCAGAGCUGCAGUGCAGCAAUCCAAGCAGCAGAAGAGGAGGAAAAAGAGGAAGCUCCUUCUGUUAGAGCACCCAGCUGGCGUGGCACUUGUCAACGGCAGUGGCCCCCACGAGAGCCUGAAGGGUGAGAAGGAUGCCAGGCAGAACGGACAUGAGGAGGCUGAUGCAGGGGAAGAUGGGAACGACCAGGAGGUCAUUGUCAUCCAAGACACAGGAUUUACUGUCAAGAUCUGUGCACCUGGGAUAGAGCCCUUCUCCCUGCAGGUCUCUCCUCAAGAGAUGGUGCAAGAGAUCCACCAAGUCUUAAUGGACCGUGAGGACACCUGCCAUCGGACCUGCUUCUCCCUGCAACUGGAUGGCAAUGUCCUUGACAAUUUUGCUGAGCUGAAAACUAUUGAAGGACUGCAGGAGGGCUCGCUGCUGAAAGUGGUGGAAGAGCCGUACACGGUGCGAGAGGCCAGGAUACAUGUGCGUCACAUUCGGGACCUUCUGAAGAGUCUUGACCCUUCAGAUGCUUUCAAUGGUGUGGACUGUAAUUCUCUGUCAUUCCUGAGUGUCUUCACUGAAGGAGACCUGGGAGACAGCGGGAAACGAAAGAAAAAAGGUACUGAAAUGGAACAAAUUGACUGCACCCCUCCUGAACAUAUCCUGCCAGGUAGCAAAGAGAGACCCUUGUGUGCCCUUCAGCCCCAGAACAGAGACUGGAAGCCUUUGCAGUGCCUGAAGGUAUUGACGAUGAGUGGCUGGAACCCUCCACCUGGUAACAGGAAGAUGCAUGGAGACCUCAUGUAUUUAUAUGUCAUCACAGUGGAGGAUCGACAUGUCAGUAUCACUGCAUCCACUAGAGGAUUUUACUUGAAUCAGUCUACUGCGUACAACUUCAAUCCCAAGCCUGCAAACCCCAGUUUUCUCAGUCAUUCCCUGGUGGAACUGCUUAACCAGAUCAGCCCUACCUUCAAAAAAAACUUCUCUGCUCUGCAGAAGAAACGGGUUCAGAGACAUCCUUUUGAGAGGAUAGCAACUCCUUUCCAAGUGUACAGCUGGACAGCCCCACAAGCAGAACAUGCCAUGGACUGUGUCCGAGCAGAAGAUGCGUACACUUCCAGGCUGGGCUAUGAAGAGCACAUACCUGGACAGACCAGAGACUGGAACGAAGAGCUGCAGACCACGCGAGAGCUGCCACGCAAGAACCUGCCUGAGAGGCUGCUGAGAGAACGAGCCAUUUUCAAGGUUCACAGUGACUUCACUGCAGCAGCAACAAGAGGUGCCAUGGCUGUCAUUGAUGGCAAUGUCAUGGCCAUCAACCCCAGUGAAGAGACCAAGAUGCAGAUGUUCAUCUGGAACAAUAUAUUCUUCAGUCUGGGCUUCGACGUCCGUGACCACUACAAGGACUUUGGUGGGGAUGUUGCUGCUUACGUAGCACCUACCAAUGAUCUUAACGGUGUGCGGACCUAUAAUGCUGUGGAUGUAGAAGGGCUGUACACUCUGGGGACUGUGGUGGUGGAUUACAGAGGUUACAGAGUGACAGCUCAAUCUAUUAUUCCUGGGAUCUUGGAAAGGGAACAGGAACAGAGUGUCAUCUACGGGUCAAUAGACUUUGGCAAGACAGUUGUCUCACAUCCUAAGUACCUGGAGCUGCUAGAGAAGACCAGCAGACCGCUAAAGAUCCAGAAGCACAAAGUCCUGAAUGACAAGAACGAGGAGGUGGAGCUGUGCUCCUCAGUGGAGUGCAAAGGCAUUAUUGGCAACGAUGGGCGUCACUACAUCCUGGACCUGCUGCGCACUUUCCCUCCAGAUCUAAACUUCCUACCUGUUGAAGGGGAGGAGAUGCCAGAGGAAUGUAAGAAAAUGGGGUUCCCCAAGCAGCACAGACACAAGCUUUGCUGUCUCCGGCAAGAGCUUGUUGAUGCCUUUGUAGAGCACAGGUAUCUCUUAUUCAUGAAGCUGGCUGCAUUGCAGCUGAUGCAACAGAAAGCCAACAAACAGGAGAGCUCAGCUGCACUGGAAAAUGGCACCUCUCCGGAGAAUGGUACAGCAGAGAGCGAGAAGUCUGAGUCAGAUGAUGGUAAAACAGAUGACAACGUGACUGGACUUGAUCAGGUUAAAGAGCUGGCUGAGACCAUUGCCUCUGAUGAUGGAGCAGUCGAUCCCAAAAGCAGAGAAGUGAUCCGAAAUGCUUGCAAGGCUGUGGGCUCCAUCAGUGACACAUCGUUUGACAUUCGGUUCAACCCAGAUAUUUUCUCACCAGGUGUUCGUUUUCCUGAGUCCAGCAAAGAGGAGGUGCAGGAUCAGAAGCAGUUACUGAAGGAUGCUGCUGCAUUCUUGCUCUCAUGCCAGAUCCCAGGUUUGGUCAAGGACUGCCUGGAUCACACGGUGCUCCCCAUGGAUGGGGCUACCUUAGCAGAGGCCAUGCACCAGAGGGGCAUCAACAUGCGAUAUCUAGGCAAAGUGAUCCACUUCAUCACCAAGACCCCCGGCCACGCUCAGCUGGAUCACAUCUUUAAAAUUGGCAUCAGUGAACUGAUCACUCGAUCCGCGAAACACAUCUUCAAGACGUACCUCCAGGGUGUGGAGCUGUCGGGUUUAUCAGCAGCCAUCAGCCACUUCCUCAAUUGCUUUCUAAGCUCCUUUCCAAACCCCAUUGCCCAUCUUCCAGCUGAUGAGCUGGUCUCCAAGAAAAAAAAUAAGAAAAGGAAAAACAGGAACCUUGGAAAUGCUGAUAACACAGCUUGGGCCAGCAUGACCCCUCAGGAGCUGUGGAAGAAUAUUUGUUCAGAAGCAAAGAGCUACUUUGAUUUUAGUAUUGAAUGUGAGAAUGCUGACCAAGCAGCUGAAAUGUAUAACCUACAGAAAAUCACCCUUCUUCGUGAAAUCUCCCUCAAAACUGGAGUCCAAAUACUGCUGAAGGAGUACAACUUUGACAACAGGCACAAGCCCACCUUCACAGAGGAAGACAUUCUCAACAUCUUCCCUGUAGUGAAGCACGUAAACCCUAAAGCCUCAGAUGCUUUCCACUUCUUCCAGAGCGGGCAAGCAAAGGUUCAGCAAGGUUUCUUGAAGGAAGGCUGUGAGCUCAUCAAUGAAGCCUUAAACUUGUUCAACAACGUGUAUGGUGCUAUGCAUGUAGAAAUCUGUGCCUGCCUGAGGCUGCUAGCUCGUCUCAAUUAUAUUAUGGGAGAUUAUUCAGAGGCCUUAAGCAAUCAGCAGAAAGCGGUGCUAAUGAGUGAGAGGGUCCUGGGCAUCGAACAUCCCAACACCAUUCAAGAAUACAUGCACCUUGCUUUGUACUGCUUUGCAAACAGCCAACUCUCUAUAGCAUUAAACUUACUCUACCGUGCACGCUACCUCAUGCUGUUGGUAUUUGGGGAGGAUCACCCAGAAAUGGCACUCUUGGACAACAACAUCGGCCUGGUGCUCCACGGCGUGAUGGAGUACGACCUGUCCCUCCGCUUCCUGGAGAACGCGCUGGCCAUCAGCUCCAAGUAUCACGGCUCCAAGUCUUUGAAGGUUGCCCUCAGCCACCACUUGGUAGCUCGAGUGUAUGAGAGCAAAGCAGAAUUCCGGUCAGCACUGCAGCACGAGAAGGAAGGCUACACAAUCUACAAAAACCAGCUUGGAGAACACCAUGAGAAGACCAAAGAGAGCUCAGAGUACUUGAAAUACCUGACUCAGCAAGCUGUCGCUCUUCAACGCACAAUGAAUGAGAUCUACAAGAACGGCUCCAACGCUAACAUCAUGCCACUCAAGUUCACAGCUCCCAAUAUGACCAGUGUCCUGGAGCAGCUGAACAUUAUUAAUGGAAUUCUCUUCAUUCCGCUAAGCCAAAAAGACUUGGAGAACCUUAAAGCAGAGGUGCAGAGACGCCAGCAGCUCCAAGAAAGCAUGAAAAGCGGCGAACAGCUGGAACCAGAGGACAGAGCUGGGGAGGAUAAAGAAGCGGAGCCAAGCAUGCCUUCUGCUGCCAUCCCCUUAACACAGAGCCCUGCUUAAUGUGUACCUCGCUUAAAAAAGUUAAACCACCCUUUUCUGAAUCUGAACCAGGGUCUUGGACUCCCCUGGAGCAGCUCUUUUUUUUUUUUUUUUUUUUUUUU